AUGAUUUCGUCAAGUUUAAAACCAAGUGUAUUAUUAUGGAUAUUAGCAAUACUUAUACCAUCAACAUUAAUUACAACAUAUACAUUAACAGUUUUAUUAUUUCAUGGAAUUAGAAGAACAGUUCCCUACAUAAGUGAUACAAUUGAUUUUAGUCCUGAAAGUUGCAUAGGUACCUUUUUUAUUUCAAUUUCAGCAUUUUUAGUGUUCAUAGUUGUAUUUGUAAAACAUUUUUUAUUACAAAACAAUAUUAAUCAAAAUUUUAAUAUUGAUAUUAUCCUUAAUGAGAAUGAAAAUGAAAAAAAGAAAAAUAGAGCAAAAAUGUUAAAUAGAAUUUCAACUUUUUUAGGUUUGAUAUGUGGAGUAUGUAUACAUGGUGUUUCAUCAUUUCAAUAUCAUAAUACCGGUCUUGUCCAUUCAAUAUUUGCAGCAUCUUUUUUUUUUACUGGUUUUAUUUAUAUAUUUACACAAACUUAUUUGGAUCAUAAGUUUAGUAAAUUACCAAAAAGAAUUUUAAUAUUAAGAAGAGUAAUAUCAUUAACAACAUCAGUGUUUAUUGGAUAUAUUAUAUUACAAUUUUUUAUAGAUAAUUUAGCACCAAUUUUAAAAAUUAUAUCAGCAUUAUCAAUAUUUUUUUAUUUAAUAUCAUUUUUUUAUGAAUUUUCAAAAAUUACUAUAAACUUUCAAAUAAAUACAAUUUCACAAAUAGAACACCAAAAAGAAUAUAAUGAAAAUUCUGCAUUAUUAAUUUCACAAUAA